GCUAUUUGGCAACAGUGUAUCGUCAACACUGCCAACAUAUGGUACAGUAAGUUUUAUUAUUUACUUGUCAAAGUGAAGUAAAAUUUUGAUUUUUUUUAAUGAAAACGUUUUUCCAAACGUUAAGUAAAGUGACUGUGACUUCUUUCAAAAUCUGCCUUUGCAAUAUUUGGGCAAUAACAACUAAAAAUGACAAAACGUAUACCUGACAGAUGGGAGAAUUAUCUACCUGUGGGACGUCGUGUUCCUGGUACUCGUUUUCUCCCAUUCAAAGUCCCAUUAAAAAUGGAGCUAUGCAGAAGGCAGCCUGAAAGCGAGUGGUUUACCCCCGGCAUUCUGGUGGAAAACAUUCCAAAGCUGAAAGCCGUGAUCGAUCUGACCAACACGAACCGUUACUACAACUCUGAGGAGUUCACGAGUAAGGGCAUUCUGUACAAGAAAAUUGGUGUGAUGGGUCGGAAGCUUCCGCCUAAGGAAAUCCGCGAGGAGUUUUUCGAUGCCGUGGACCAGCUGUGCCGAACCUUGGACCAGGACCGAGAUGCACUCAUCGGAGUUCAUUGUACUCACGGGUUGAACCGAACGGGCUAUUUAAUCUGUAAAUACAUGGUGUUACGAAUGAAAAUUGAUCCCCAGGAGGCGAUAAACAAAUUUCAAGAAGCUAGGGGACAUGAGAUCGAAAGGCACAAUUAUGUGUCAGACAUCCUGUAUCAGCCAAGAAUCUGGCAAAAUGAGCGCCACCGCUCUUCGCCGUUAUCAUCACAAUCGGUGUCUAACUGGCGAACAGAACCUCGUUGGACACCCUCUUAUGAGCGGAGGCAUAGCUACAAAAGCGAUAGGUCCUAUGGGAGAAGUUUAAGUCGAACGUCACACCGGCGGUAGCGAAUAAUUUCGAGAUUUUUUUUGAAUAAAUAUUUAUUUGCGUCUA